GCCGGUCUCGCCGCUCGCCGCUUCGCUCGGAGCAGCCGGGAAGCCGCCGCCGCCUCCGCCAGCCCCGCCAGCGCCAAGGAGCGUCCCCCUCGCCGCCGCCGCCGCCGCCUCCACGAGCCGCAGCGCCCAGAGCAGAGCCAUGGCUUCGGAAGGGAAGAUGACUGCCCAGUUGUUGCUGGCCGUCGGGGGUGCCGUGUUGGGGUCACUGCAGUUCGGGUAUAACACCGGAGUCAUCAAUGCACCGCAGAUGGUGAUAGAAGAAUUUUACAACCAAACAUGGUUCAACCGAUACGAGACGUACAUCACCCCAGGCAUGCUGACCACCCUCUGGUCUCUCUCGGUGUCCAUCUUCUCAGUCGGUGGGAUGGUUGGGUCGUUCUCAGUUGGGCUCUUCGUCAACCGCUUUGGACGGAGGAAUUCCAUGCUGAUGUCCAACUCUCUCGCUUUCCUUUCGGCCAUCCUGAUGGGCUUCUCCAAGAUGGCCGGUUCCUUUGAGAUGUUGAUCCUCGGUCGCUUCAUCGUGGGCAUUUACUCGGGCCUCACCACUGGCUUCGUGCCCAUGUACGUGGGCGAAGUGUCCCCCACGUCUCUGAGGGGGGCGUUAGGAACCCUCCACCAGCUUGGGGUCGUGGUGGGGAUCCUGAUUGCACAGAUUUUCGGUAUUGACCUCAUCAUGGGAAACGAAAACCUCUGGCCGCUGCUGCUGGGGUUCACCUUCAUCCCCUCCUUGGCCCAGUGCAUCCUGAUGCCUUUUGCUCCCGAAAGCCCCCGUUUCCUUCUCAUUAACCGCAACGAGGAGAACAAAGCGAAGAACGUCCUAAAGAAGCUCCGUGGGACGACUGAUGUCAGCAGAGACCUUCAGGAGAUGAAAGAGGAGAGCCGGCAAAUGCUUCAGGAGAAGAAGGUCACCAUCUUGGAACUCUUCCGUUCUCCUAUCUACCGCCAGCCCCUCCUGAUUGCCAUCGUACUGCAGCUCUCUCAACAACUUUCAGGGAUCAACGCGGUCUUCUACUACUCCACAAGUAUCUUUCAAAAAGCUGGAGUGCAGCAACCUGUCUACGCCACUAUUGGGGCUGGAGUUGUCAACACAGCCUUCACAGUUGUCUCGCUGUUUGUGGUAGAACGGGCUGGCCGAAGGACAUUGCACCUCAUCGGACUCUUGGGGAUGGCCAUAUGUGCGGUUCUCAUGACCAUCGCCCUGGCACUGCUGAUUCAAGUGCCAUGGAUGUCCUAUCUCAGCAUCGUUGCCAUCAUGGGCUUCGUGGCAUUUUUCGAAAUCGGUCCUGGGCCCAUUCCUUGGUUCAUUGUGGCGGAGCUGUUCAGCCAAGGCCCGCGUCCUGCUGCCAUCGCCGUUGCAGGGCUGUCCAAUUGGACCGCCAACUUCAUUGUAGGGAUGGGCUUUCAGUAUGUGGCGGACUUCUGUGGGGCCUACGUCUUCGUCAUCUUCACCAUCUUGCUGAUCCUCUUCUUCAUCUUCACCUACUUCAAGGUGCCCGAGACCAAGGGCCGGACCUUUGACGAGAUCGCCUCCGAGUUCCGCCAAGGGGAUGCCGCCCAUGGAGACAAGGCCCUAGAUGAGUUCCACAGCUUGGGCGCUGACUCCCAGGUCUAAAGUUCAGGAGGUGGGCAGGCAUCUCCUCCGCCUCACUCUUGUCCUCCUGCCCGUCCUCCUCUCCACAUGCUUGUUACCAGGCCAGGCCCGGGGCGAAGAAACGUGUUUGGGUCCUGACUCCAGCCCCACGGCCUGGUCUCUGGGCAGCGAGCCCGCCUCGUAGCUCCCUAGGGAAAGACCCCUCAGCUGCUGGUCUCGGGUCCAGGAUUUCAACGUUGCCAAAAGCGUUCAGAAGCCCCGGUUCCCCUCCGUGGCCUCAUCCCUGAGGAGACGGCGCUUCUGCCCCCGUCCUGGCUCUACUCUUUUUUCCUCUUUGUUUUAUAAAGGAGAAAAAGCACCUCACCUUCGCCCUCCCCCACCA